CUCUGGACGCGCACACUCGACGCGUGCGCCUACCCUCGCCCCGCGAGUCGCGUCCCGUCGCUAGGCAACGAGCACGCGCGCCUCAGAACCCGAAACGGCGCACUGCACAAGGGCAGGGGCGCGCGGAGGGAUGAGAAAAACAAGUCUCAGAGAGACCGGAUGACUUGUUGAAGAUCACACAGCUAAUAAACGGCAGCACCAGGACCAGAACUUGAUGACUGUACCUUCCAACCUCACACAGCUUGCCGGGUCCUUAGAACCCCUCCUGGGACCUCCUGCCUGUGAAAUUAUUUCCUCCCUAGAGAUGUGUGGGUAAGGGAUUCCAUUUAUAAGGUAGUGUGACCCCGGGCCCACAAGGAUGGAAACUGACUAUCUGAAGAGGUGCUUUGGCAAUUGCCUGAGCCGGGCACUGGCAGAGGUGGCAAAGGUUCGGCCCAGUGAUCCCGUCGAGUACCUGGCUCACUGGCUUUAUCAUUACAGGAAAACCACUAAAGCAAAAGAAGAGGAGAGCCAAGAGAUGAUCCAGCUGAAGGAAGAACAUGAUAAUAGCCUCAAAGAAACCAAAAUGACAGAAAUGCUGAAGCAAGAAGAGUGUCAGAUUCAACAGCAGCAUGCAAAGUGCCACAAGCCGCUGGUAUCUGUAGCUAGUUCCACAAAGAAGACCGCAUUCAUACAAGAGAACACAAAACCCCUUGAGAACGAUGGCUUGAAGCAGGAAUCUCUGCCAGGUACUUCCAACAUGAUUCCAGGAAUGCCUCAGUAGAUUCCUUCUCGAGAGUCUUCUGGCUAGACUGACUGCUGUGUCGAAACUCCCCAAGAAGUAAAUUCCUAGGCUUUUCAGCAUGAAAUUGCUCCUCAAAUGCAUCCUGGCUCCAAAUCUCCUUCUUAUCAAAAGGUGGAUGAUUCUCAUGACUCUUCUCUCAAAGCUACAAACUGAGAAAAUGGCCAGCUAGGGCUCUGACCUCAAGAUGGUAACUAUGUGAAUUAAACCAAGAUUGGAGGGGCUGUGGAAGGAGGUAUCUUGCAGGGGACAGACUCUCCAGCCGAGGUUCUGUUCUGGUAGCUAUGAAAACCCCUUAAUCAUGUAAGCAUUUGAACUACUGAUAGGAUAAA